AACAAUCCCCAGCUGUCCAUUACACUUCAGUCUAUCACAAUGCCUCACCCUUCUCAAAUCGUCAACUAUUUCACCGGAAAAGUCAUCCUAGUAACCGGAUGCACCGGAUUUCUCGGCAAAUUAAUCCUAGAGCGUCUCCUACGCAUCUGUCAAGUACGCUUAGUCUACAUCUUAGUACGACCCAAAAAAGGCAAAUCCGAAAAUGAGCGUUUUGAAGAAAUGUUUGAUCUACCCAUGUUGGAUCCGCUCAAGAAAUCACAUCCAGAUUUCUUGCAACGUAUCAAAAUGAUUCCCGGUAAUUUAAUAAUGGAAAACAUGGGUGUGUCUGAUGAACAUUGGAGAAUACUGCAUGAAGAAGUGCAGAUUGUGAUACAUUGUGCCGCUACAGUGAGGUUUGAUCAACAUUUACGCACUGCGUAUCAGAUUAAUGUCAGGGCUACGAGGGAUUUGAUUUUGAAUGCGAAGAAGAUGGAGAAAUUGGAGAGUUUCGUGCAUGUUUCGACAGCGUAUUCGAAUUGUCCGAGAUAUGAGAUUGAUGAGCAGGUGUAUGAGCCGACUAUCAAUGCAGAACAAUUGGGAGUGUUCCUGGAGGAGUUUCAGGAUGAUAAAUUGGUUGAAAGGAUGACACCACCAUUAUUAGGAGAUUGGCCAAACACAUACUCAUUUACGAAAUGUAUCGCCGAAGAUAUGGUCAACAAAAUAGCGCAGCAUUUACCAGUGUGCAUCAUACGUCCUUCAAUCAUUGUAUCAACGUACAAAGAACCAAUCCGUGGAUGGGUAGAUAAUUUCUACGGCCCUAUUGGCGUGGCAUAUGCAGUAGCACUUGGUCUUUUAAGGACACUACAUUGCAGUAAGACGAAUCCUGCUGAUAUGGUACCGGCGGAUUAUGUGGUUAAUGCUACUUUAGCCACGGCGUGGGUUACAGCACAACAAAAACAACAAGGAAAAAUAGAAAAUUUAGAAAAAGAAGAAAAACAUCGUGUGGAAGUAUAUAAUUAUACUUCAAAUGAAUAUUCCAUCAAUUGGCAAAUAUACAUGGACAAAUGUAAGGAAACAGGCUUAAAAAUCGUCUCAAUUCGCAGUCUAUGGCGUGUAACAUUCACCCUAAAUGAGUCUGCAUGGAUGCACAACCUGUACUGGUUCUUCCUACACACUAUCCCCGCACAUAUCGUCGACUUUUGUUGUAGAAUCAUCGGAAAAGAACCAAUAAUGGUUGAUGGUUAUGAAAAAAUCCGUCGCUUUACCAACGUUAUCAACUACUUCACAAUCCGGAAGUGGAGUCUGCCACACAACAAAAUCAACAAACUAUGGCAAAAAUUCAACGAAAAAGACAAAGAAUUAUUCGAGAUACGAAUGAGUACGUUCGAUUGGGAUGAAUUCAUGGAGAAUUUUCUCAAGGGUGGAAGACUUUACUUAGCCAAAGAGUCAAUGGAUACUUUACCGGAAGCUAGGAGGAGAUAUAGAAGACUUGUGAUUGCUCAUUGGACGAUUGUCAGUCUUGUUAUAACCGGAAUGUUAUACUUCUGUUAUUUUUUGUUAAAAUUUUUGAUAAAAACUUAAUUUAACGCAAAGUAAACUAAAGAAAAUAAUAUUGUUAUGAAUAAUUAUGCUCUUAAUUAAAUUGUUUUUUAAGUCGAGGAAAAAUUGUUUAAAAAUAUUUAGUCAAUAAAAAGUUAUUAAGAGUUAAAGUUGAAAAUAUUCACAAAAUUGAUUUAUGUUAGAAAAAUAACCAUAAUUAAUAUAAUUAUCAAUAAUUUUAAAAUAAUCUACAAUGUAUAUAUUAUUAAUUAAAUUGUUUAUAAUCUAGCAAAGAAAA